UGCUUCCCUCCUCAGUCAUCACUGACGGACUCACACUCUUUUCGUGAGUCGCUGGUUCACUGCUCUCGAAGCGGGACUGCCGAUAAUAAUCGCCGGUGGACGAUCUCUGCGCGAGCCUCGUCGUCUUACUCUGUAAGCGUAUUUUAACGAUCUUUGCUGUGGCUAACUUCUCUCAUCCUCUUUGGCUUGUCUAUUUUCAAGUCCUCGCGCUGCUUUUUUCUUGCCGCAGUCUCUGUUUCCUUCGUGGUGAUCAUCGCUGCCUGACCUGAGUCUGCCUAGCACGGGAAUCUUCACAUUUUCAGGUAUACGAUUGUUUUUAUAUAUUUCCCGCUGAUUCUAGGGGUUCGAUUGUUGUCUUUCAUCCUCUUUUGCUUUGUUUCUUCAGAAACGCUUUUUUCUGUUCGUCCAUCACUUCCUCUUUUCGGUUAGGGUUUUAUGUGCAAAUGCUCAUUUCAUGAGCUAGUUGUAAGAGACAGGUGUUAUCUCUCCCUCCUCUGUUGUAAUAGUAUGGCAGAUCAGUGGGCUUUUUAUGUGUUCUUUGAUUUGUACUGAUGCGCUGCUGUAUUCCGGUUUGAUUGUUCACAUGCGAACUCGUCGGCGUUGUGUUUUCUUCUUGGGAACAAGUGGGGGUACUGUUGUGGAGGAUGGGCUGUUAGGUCACUUUGUUGGCUUCUCCGAUGGGGCUGUGACAUUUUUUGUAGGUGAUUUUAGGCUCUCAUCUUUUGAGAAUAGUCUAAGUAUGUCUUCUUUUGUCACUUCUGUCUUUUGAUGCUCCUUCACUCCUGCCGUAAUUUCCCAGGAAUAUGGCUACAUUGCCUAUUUUCUGCAUUUGCUGUACUUGAGUGGUCAUUCAAUUUCUGAAUAGGAAGCUUUGAUCAGCCACAGAUAUUUUGGCGAGUGGCUGGUGGUUGCAGGCAGCGAAAUAAUUGUUUUGAUAUGACUAUUCUUGUUGCACAUUGUUCUUAUGGAUACGAGACUUCGUCAGGAGCUUUUCUCAGAGCUACUUUACUAGUACUUUUGACCCGAUUCCUGUUGAGGGGUUAUAGGAUUGUGAAUAUUUUGGUGUUCCAAAGCUCUGAUCUGCACUUUUUACUUUUGUAGGUUGUUUUGUUUUAUCAAUUGGUCAUUAGCUGCUAUAGGUGAUAUCUGACCAUUUAUUUUCUUAAUGAUCUCUCAGAUUUAGUUGCUUGCAAGAUGAGUUCUAGGGGAAAGGGUGGGAAGUCUCUUGCUUCUGGUACAAGUUCCACUCCAUCAAACAAGGGGAAGUCACCACAAACAUCCAAUCCCCAGUUUGAGCAAUUGAAUCAAGGUGUAGCAGAUAUUAAACUUGAUUCUCCAGAAGGUGAUGGUGACUGGGAGGUCUACUCAAAGAAGUCUAACAAGAACAAGGCAGGAAGCAGAGCAGCGAAUUCUUGGGGUACGCAAAAUUCUAACGCACAAUCUUGGGGGCAGAGAGAUGGGGGACAGCGAAAUAAUGGUGGAGCAAGAAGGGCGACUGGCAAUGCUCGGCCAAAUCAAGCAGUUGAGUCUUCAAGACCAACUGGCAGAGGAAAUGGAAAGUAUCAAGCGUCCAAUCAGAGCUUGGAGAAUUAUUGGGCUCCUCCACAAGCUGCUGUUCCCCCUCCGCUGGCGCAUGGUUGGAAUUGGCAAUCAAGGCCUGGCACAGUGAAAGAGUUGGAAGCGACACCAGAAAAGGAGCAGGAUGAUGCCAAUGAGCCAGCUGGUGUCGAUGAAGAAGAUGAAGACGACGACGGGGUGUUAGAUGAUAGUGAUGAUGAGCUUCUUAGCGAUGAUUAUGAUUCUGAUGUUAGUCAGAAGAGCUUUGAGACCCGUAAAAAGAGCCGCUGGUUUAAGAAGUUUUUUGAUAGUUUGGACAGCCUUAGACUAGAGGAGAUUGCUGAACCAGAAAGACAGUGGCACUGUCCAGCAUGCCAAGGUGGUCCAGGUUCAAUUGACUGGUUCAAAGGUCUGCAACCCUUGAUGGCUCAUGCCAGAACAAAAGGAGCGAAACGAGUAAAGCUACACAGGGAGCUUGCUGAACUUCUGGAUGAGGAGUUGUCCAGGAGGGGAACUUCUGUUAUUCCUGCUGGUGAAGUUUUUGGCAAAUGGAAAGGGUUGAAGGAGGAAGAGAAAGACUACGAAAUAGUCUGGCCUCCUAUGGUUAUCAUUAUGAACACAAGGCUUGAUAAGGAUGACAAUGAAAAGUGGCUUGGCAUGGGCAACCAAGAGCUUCUUGAUUAUUUCAGAUCAUAUGCGGCUGUGAAGGCCAGACAUUCUUAUGGGCCACAGGGUCACCGUGGCAUGAGUCUCCUCAUCUUCGAGGGCUCUUCAAGGGGUUAUUUUGAAGCGGCACGCUUGGACAGGCAUUUUGCAGACCAGGGAACAGAUAGGAACGCAUGGAAUAAUCAAAGGAGAAACUUGUUUUAUCCUGGUGGCAAGAGACAGCUGUAUGGUUUCAUGGCAACAAAGGAAGAUAUGGACAUCUUCAAUCAGCAUUCUCAGGGUAAGGCAAAGUUGAAGUACGAGAUGAGGUCAUACAACGAGGCGGUGGUGCGAGACUAUAACCAAGUCUGCAAUGAUAAUGAGCAGCUUACAUUUUACAAGAGUAAAGUUAUAAAAGAACAGAGGAAUUCCAGAGCUCUUGCAGAAUCUCUUGGCACUGUCAGUGAGAAGCUGAGGAAGACAAUGGAGGAAAACCGCAUUGUAAGACAAAGAACCCAGAUAUAUCAUGAACAGAACAAAGAAGAGUUGGAUUUCCAAGAAGAGUUCUUCAAGGAUCAACUCAGAAUUAUCCAUGAAGAAAGGAAGGCAAAGGAAGAUGACUUUGAGAACCGACAGCAGGAGGAGCGCAAGAAGGUGAAAGACCAGAGUUCAUAUGGGAAGGAGGAAUACAGAAGCAGGGUGGACGAGAUCUCAAAGUUCAUCCAGCUUCAGGAGAAAGAGAUGGAGGAGUUUGUGGACGAGAGGGAGAAGCUGGUGAAACUACACGAGGACCGAAUCGCUGAUAUGAGGCGCAGACACUGGAAGGAAGAGGUUGAUCUGGAGAGAGAUUUUGAUUCCCAGCUGGCCAAUCUGAUGAAAAAGUACAGCCCAGAAGUGAACGCCCAAGCAUGAGAUAUGACUGUCCCACAAGUUGGAGUGACUUAGCUAUUAGUAGUAACUAGUUGAGUAGUAAAAUCCCAGCUAGGACCUCAGGUAUGUGGACGGAAGUAGUGGCUACUUCAUUUCAUUGCUUUUCUUUAGGGGAGAGCGAGGUAAUGUGCAUGUUUUGAUGAACGGGUAAAACUACGACGAACUCGUGUUACCUGCGGCCUGACCUGAGGCUUGAAGGAAGUAGACAUAGUUAUGUUACCGGUUUGUCGAAGGUGAGUGGUUCUCUCUCUGUGAUCGCUGCAAUUUGUUUUUAGCUAAUACCGCCAGCUAGGGGUGGAAGUUUGGUUUGCGGGUUACCCGCAAACCGCACCAAACCGCACAAUUUGUGGAUAGUGGAUUGGGUGUGGGUAGUAAAAUACUGAUUUUUGU